AUGGCUGACGACAACCCUCAAAAUGCCUCCAAUUCUGCCUCCAGUCUCGUCACCGUGCUGAUCCCCUCCCUGAUCGUCGCAGUCGCCAUGGUCUUGGUCUUCGUGAUCUUGCGACGGAGCGAGCGCCGGAUGUAUAUGCCUCGAACCUACCUUGGUUUCCUCCGCGAUCGGCAGAAGACGCCUCCUUCAUCGACUGGGCUGGUGGGUUGGAUUAAGGAUAUGUACAAGCUGCCCGACGAAUACGUUCUCCAACACCAUUCCAUGGACGCCUACCUCCUCCUUCGUUUCCUCAAGAUCAUCACGAUGAUUUGCUUCGUCGGCGCGUGUAUAACCUUCCCGAUCCUAUUCCCAAUCAAUGCAACCGGUGGUGCGGGGAAGGAACAGCUGGAUAUUCUGAGCAUGUCCAAUGUUGACUCCUCAGAUUACGCACGUUACUUUGCGCAUGCGCUCGUGGCCUGGGUUUUCGUUGGAUUUGUUUUCUUCACCGUCACCCGCGAGAGUCUUUUCUACAUAAACCUCCGCCAGGCAUAUUCGCUUUCUCGCUCCUACGCAAGUCGCUUGUCUUCUCGGACUGUCCUUUUCACGGCUGUUCCAGAGGAGUAUCAGAGCGUUGAGAAGAUCCGAUUCAUGUUUGGCGCAGACAAAAUCAAGAAUGUGUGGCUCACGACGAACACAGCCGAUCUGGCAGACAAGGUUGACAACCGCCAAUCUGCAGCCAUCAAACUCGAGGCUGCUGAAACGAAGCUGAUUCGAAUGGCCAAUGCUGCUCGACUCAAACAACUGAAGAAAAAUGGAGGCGCUGAAGAACAGUCUACCACUUUGGAAACCACUGAGGACGAUGGCGAAUCCGGCUCUGUCGCGGCUCGCUGGGUGAAACCCAAGGACCGACCUACUCAUCGACUCAAGUUCCUUAUCGGCAAGAAGGUCGAUACGAUUAACUGGGCCAGAUCAGAAAUCGAACGUCUCACGCCUGAGAUUGAGGAGCUCCAAGCUCAACACAGAGCAGGCGAGGCCAAACUAGUUUCGUCCGUUUUUGUUGAAUUCUACUCGCAGGCCGAUGCGCAAGCGGCUUUCCAGUCCGUGGCUCACAAUCUUCCCCUGCACAUGGCUCCGCGAUACAUUGGUAUCGAGCCUACUCAAGUCAUUUGGUCCAACUUACGAAUCAAGUGGUGGGAGCGCAUCAUCCGAUACGGAGCAUCGAUUGCAUUUGUCUCAGCCAUGGUUGUCUUUUGGGCUAUUCCCACGGCUUUUGUUGGUUCUCUCUCCAACAUUAACAACCUGACAAACCUGGUCCCUUUCCUCAGUUUCAUCGAAGACGUGCCAUCCUGGAUUUUGGGUGCCAUUACCGGUCUACUUCCUACCAUCUUGAUGGCCGUACUUAUGGCCUUGGUCCCCAUUGUUUUGCGAUUAAUGGCGAAGAUUGGUGGUGCACCUACCCUGGCUGAGGUUGAAUUGACGACACAAAACUUCUACUUCCUUUUCCAGGUGGUUCAAGUCUUCUUGGUCGUCACUCUUGCUUCCUCGGCCUCCAGUGUUGUUACCAAGAUUAUCGACGACCCUACGUCUGCAGUCGACUUGCUCGCCAACAAUCUUCCCCAGUCAUCCAACUUUUACAUUUCGUACAUUGUUCUGCAGGGAUUGUCGUUCAGCUCGGGUGCCCUUUUGCAGAUUGGGGGGUUGAUUGUUGGAAAGAUCCUUGGGCGUCUCUUGGAUAAGACUCCCCGGAAGAUGUACAGCCGGUGGUCAAAUCUUGCAGGGCUAGGUUGGGGUACUGUGUAUCCUGUUGUCACCCUCUUGAGUGUCAUUGCAAUUACUUACUCGUGCAUCGCACCCCUGGUUCUUGGCUUCGCAACCAUUGGCCUGUACCUCUUCUAUUUUGCCUACCGGUACAACUUGCUCUAUGUGUCCAACGCCAACAUCGACACCCAAGGCAGGGCUUUCGCGCGGGCCUUGAAGCACAUCUUGGUUGGAUGCUACCUACUGGUGGUCUGCCUGAUCGGUCUUUUUGCUAUCGGGGCUGGUGGAAACGCAGUUGCCGUUGGUCCCUUAGUCCUCGCCAUCAUCCUCCUCAUCACGAUGAUCAUUUACCACGUCUCUCUCAACUCUGCCCUUGAACCUCUGAUCAACUACCUCCCCAAGAACCUUGAGGCGGAAGAGGAAGCGCUUCUCUCGCGGGAGGCUACUGCGGCCAACGGCGAGCACGACGGAACUGCCACCGCUUCCGCGGCCGACGGCCACGCCGCCGACAACGUCGACUCCGCCGAAAAGGGUCUCACUCUGGCAACCCCGGGUGACCCUAAGGCCAACUUCCUUGCCAAGUAUCUCCGACCCGACAAGUACGCCGGGUACCGUCAGCUGCGCACGCUCGUGCCCAACGGCGCGGAAAUUGUUACCUACCCCCCUGAGGUCGAGCGGAACGCUUACUACCACCCUGCCAUCGGUGCCCAGGCGCCGCUCCUCUGGAUUCCCCGUGACGAGAUGGGCAUUAGUGCUCAAGAAAUUGCUCAUACCAGUCGCGUCAUUGCCAUCACCGACGAGGACGCCUGGUUGGAUGAGAAGAACCACAUCGUUUGGAAUGUUGAAAAGGGUGUCCCUCCCAUCUUUGAAGAGAAGAUUUACUACUAA